CCUAGCACUGAGGUUUUUAGCAGGGCAGGACACGCUGACGCUCGCUCGCAAGGGUUAAGCUGGACAGCCACAAUAAGUAUGACAUCCCCCGUCGCUGUUAUCCUUGUCACAAGUCACUCGGUUCUGUCGAGAAGCUGGGGUUUUCCACCCGGAGUACGCGCUUGCUCCUUGAGCAAAGGCCUUGAAUAGGGGCAUCGCUGCUGUCAAGGAAGAUGCUGUGGAAAUGCUGGCCAGCUAUGGGCUGGCAUACUCCCUGAUGAAGUUCUUCACAGGUCCAAUGAGUGACUUCAAAAAUGUAGGUCUGGUGUUCGUGAACAGCAAGCGAGACAGGACCAAAGCAGUUUUGUGCAUGGUUGUGGCUGGAGCCGUAGCUGCUAUAUUUCAUACCUUAAUAGCGUAUAGCGAUUUGGGGUAUUACAUUAUUAAUAAGCUACACCAUGUGGAUGAAUCAGUGGGAAGUAAAACUCGGAGGGCCUUCCUUUAUCUAGCUGCCUUCCCCUUUAUGGAUGCCAUGGCUUGGACCCAUGCUGGCAUUCUGCUGAAACACAAAUACAGCUUCCUAGUGGGAUGUGCCUCCAUCUCAGAUGUCAUAGCUCAGGUCGUUUUUGUAGCCAUUUUGCUUCACAGUCACUUGGAGUGCAGGGAGCCUCUUCUGAUCCCAAUCUUGUCUCUAUACAUGGGAGCACUUGUCCGAUGUACCACGUUAUGCCUCGGUUACUACAGGAACAUACAUGACGUCAUUCCUGACAGAAGUGGGCCUGAGAUGGGGGGAGAGGCUACAAUAAGGAAGAUGCUGAGUUUCUGGUGGCCUUUGGCGUUAAUUUUGGCAACUCAGCGAAUAAGUAGGCCCAUCGUCAACCUUUUUGUCUCCCGGGACCUAGGUGGCAGUUCUUCAGCCACAGAGGCAGUGGCAAUCCUGACAGCUACGUAUCCUGUGGGACACAUGCCGUAUGGCUGGCUGACAGAAAUUAGAGCAGUAUACCCUGCUUUUGACAAGAAUAACCCCAGCAAUAAAUUGGUGAACACUAACAGCACCGUCACAGCGACACAUAUCAAGAAGUUCACUUUUGUCUGCAUGGCGUUGUCCUUAACGCUCUGUUUUGUGAUGUUUUGGACGCCAAACGUCUCAGAGAAGAUUUUAGUUGACAUAAUUGGAGUAGACUUUGCUUUCGCAGAGCUGUGUGUUGUCCCGUUGCGCAUCUUCUCUUUCUUCCCAGUUCCAGUGACGGUCAGAGCACACUUGACUGGUUGGCUGAUGACUCUAAAGAAGACAUUUGUGUUGGCACCCAGCUCAGUGCUGCGGAUCAUUGUCCUCAUCGCUAGUCUCAUUGUUCUGCCUUACUUGGGAGUUCAUGGAGCCACUCUUGGAGUAGGAUCCCUUCUAGCUGGUUUUGUAGGAGAAUCCACCAUGGUUGCAAUAGCAGCCUGUUACGUCUAUCGGAAACAGAAAAAGAAGCGGAAUGAGAAUGAAGCAGCUACGGAAGGUGAAGACUCUGCCAUGACCGACAUGCCUCACACGGAGGAAAUGACGGACAUCGUAGAAAUGAGAGAAGAGAAUGAAUAAUAGAUGGGAUGCAAUUGUUCUCUGCAGGAACAAUUGGAAUGACACUUCAACAUCUUGUCUUCUCUCAUUUUUUUUUUUGGUUGUUUUUAUUUUUGUAAUAAAGAGGCCUUGAUUUAAAAGGUUUCAGAUAAAUUCUCUAGCAUACUGAGUAUGCUCACACUGAUGAGGGGCCUAAAAAGAGGUCUUGGCUUUUUCUUUUUCAAUUGAAUUAGUUUUCUCACCCCCGUGCAAACAUAAAAGAUACAACUGCAUCGCUGUAGCGUCUUCCUUACUUAUGCAUCCACCUUCUCUGGACAAUCUGCAUUUGUCAACCAAAGCUCUGCUCUGUGUGUACGUGCGUGUGUGUGCGCACACGCCACUGACUCAAUGCUACUACCAUAACCCUAUUCCCUCCCCUCUUUCCUUUUCCUUCCUCUUUUUUUUUUUUUUUAAAUGAGAAAUGUUAAGGACAAGAAGCUUGGAAAACACAGCUUUAUUUUACUUGUUUGAAAAGGACUUUGCUACCUAAAUUAAUGUACUGUGGUGUACUAUGUCAUUUUGUUUGGCCUCAUCACCAGGGCUUAUACUGCACAGUGUAUAAAAGAGGGAGGAACUUGUAAGUCUGCAUGUGGCAAGUGGAGAAAUACAGGUUCCUCUCCCCUGUAACAACAUGUGUGCAUGUAUGUACACACACACACACACACACACACAUACAUAUAUAUAUAUAUAUAUAUUUAUAUAUAUAUGCAUACAAUAAAAUACACACAGGACAAGAAAUCUAUUUAGCUUUCAUUCCAUCACUGAAGAUAGGAAACGUUUGAAAAAUUAUAAGUGUUUAAUUCAGAAUUUUCUUGGCUACCUAAUCUUCACCUUAUGUAUCUUUUUCUUCAGAAAAAAAGCAUGCACUUUCCUCUUGUGAGGAGGGUGAUGGCAACCAGUAGAAUAGCUUGACUGUGUUUGAAUUAAAAAAAAAAAGAAUUGACAAACUUUACCAAAGUUCUUGUCCACUAUUCUGAUUUAACUUUAAUUUUUAAAGGAUGAUUUGCUUGAUACUUAUUUCUGCUGCCUAUAUUUUUAAAAAAAAAAACAUAACUUUAGCAGGAUGCCAUGGUAUAGCACAUUACUAUGUGUAGGUCCAUGAAAUUUUAAACACACAUGCGCACGAGCACACACACGUUUUGCUACAAUAUGUUUCCCAGUGCAGUAUAUCAAAACCCAUAUGAUGAAUCUCCGGUACUGAUGGUCAUCGAAGGCCUAAAUUAGGGUCCUUGAUCAUACGUUAGCACUCAAGAGAACAGUUUCUUGGAAGUUCAAACACUGCUCCAAUCAGCAAAAGUGCUGUACUCGGAGAACAAGGCAGGCACUUUGUGGUUUAAGCGGGCCUUAAAUUAACAUAGCGCAUGGGGUUGUAAGGGGAAUUUGCAUCACAUUGAAAUGACGCCUAUAUAAGAGGUUACCAAAUCAGAGAUGGUUUGGGUGCUACCAAUAACAGCUGCAACAGCAGCUACUACUUCUGUGUUGUUCUGUGAGUGGCUGCGGGGCAGCGUUUACGUUACCAGGCUGUAGCAGCUUGGGCUCUCGUAGAUGUAGUCGUGCCAGAGUUUGGGAGCCGUUAUCCUACAUGCUAUAUCCAGAAAUCAGUUAAUUUAAACCUUAUUUAGUAAAAGUAUAUUUUUCUAAGUUUUGGAAAUGAUUAUUUAAUUCUGGACAAAUUCAGUUUCUAGAUUAUUUACCAGGUAGUCCCAACACCUCAGAAAAACUGAUCAAAACUAAACAUUACUUUAAAUGUUAUAUCAAUAUAUGUGUGUAUAUACAUACACAUGCGUAUAAAUAUAUAUACUGUAUAUUAUGUACAUUUAUUUUAAGCUACAGUACAUUUCCUAUUUUUCCAAGUUCAGCUAAAAAUGUCUCUAAAACACUACAAAGUUGGCUAACAACCAGUUAUGGCUAAUAAUGAAAGGCAUUGUAUCAAUGAACUUUACAUUUUAUUUUACGCAUUUGUACCAAUUUGUUACAUGUACAUAUGCAAUAAGAAAAGACUUAGAAAUGAUUGUGUUCAAUGACAGAUUUGAAAAAUCAGUGCACUGUUAACGAGCAGUGGCACUAGAAGGGUAAAGCUGAAUCCAGUACUCCACACGUUUCCUCUGCCACCACAGGGUUGUUCUCGAUAUUCAUUAUUGCAGUAAAACAAAAAAAAAAAAUCACAUACACGAAAAGAAACCCCCUCAGACAAGUUAACUUUGUGCAGUAUCUAGACUGUAGGCAUCUGCACUCACGAAUACAGACUCUCAAACAGUCAUGUAUAUAACUUGUAUAUAGACUGUUAUAGAUCACGGCGGCCAUUUAAGGCCUUCUCUAUUGAUGUACUUGUGUUUUCUCCAGUACAUUUGUAUCCAAGUCCACAACACACAGUUUUUCAGGAACUGUAGAGAUAAAAGCAAGAAAAUAUUUUUGUGUAAUAUUUCUUUUGGUACAUGGCUAUAAUUUAAGCAGCAGUAUUUUUGAAGAGUUUUGAGCAUUACUCAUGCAGGUUUCAAGGUAAGAAUUGCCCCAAAAAUUUUGAAAACAGUUUAAAUGUAACACUAGAGCUUUUGCUUUAGCUAGAAGACUGAAUGAAUAUCAAAAGCUGAAUUUUUGGUCACGCAGCUAAGCUAAUAGCAUUGUAAAAGUUAAAAUUUCAGUGGUGUGCAUAAUACUUAAUACUCCUUUAUACGUUUACUUUACAAAAAAACAAAUGGAGUGGUAGGAUUUGGGCUAGCAUUCAAGUAGUUACAUAAAACACAUGCAUAAUGUUUCCUUUCUAAUGCUGUUUCCUGUGCGUUGUGUGUUUCUUUACAUUGCUCCAUUGGAUUAACAAAAUACAUUGAUGCUUCUGCAAUGAGUAAGUCCAAAUCAGAACGUCACGUCACGCUGGAUACUUAUUCAGCAGGCUUCACUUGAAGGCGUAUCCACAAAGAGCACCAUGUACCCCCAGCAGCUUUUGGUACUGCGUAUGGAUAACCUUUUCAAGAGUUUUAGCGCACACCUGAAACCAAACUGUUCGGUGGCAAAAUCAGCGGGGUUGGGGAAGAUUAGACAUGGUUAUAACUUGCAGCAUUCCAGGGGCAGAUAGCCGAUUUUCUGUGGCAGACAGCGAAGGGCACACCACUUCUUUGCCUCAGCUGAAGCCACAAGCAAACGUGGCUAGAAGCGUGCGGGUUCAAGUGUCUCUGCCCAGCAGGUCCUCCUGAACACGCCGUCCCACGUUGCUUCCUUCCCAAAAGGACUUUCUUGAGUUCUAGUAAAAUGGCCUAGCUGUCUCUUCCGUGUUAUUGCUUAUGAAACGGCUACCCAUGUCGUGAAUAUUUUUGAAUAGAAACCUGUUCAAUUUCCACUUUUGUGGGGAGGUUCAGCCUUUUCAGACUUUCUGGGAAAAUUGCUGAAUUAUACAAAUGAAGUUACAAUAAAAAGAGGAACAAAGUUGAUUUGUAGCCUAGAUCGUAAACUUUAGAGUAUGGGAGAACAUAUUACACAACAAGAAAUAAAAGAACACUGACAAGCAGUGGAUUAAUUUUCCUAGAUUUUUUUAAUAUAUACAUAGAAUUGUGUUAACUUGUCUGAGUUUUCCUUUUGCAGACUUACAGAUAUUGAGGGAACAUCUCCAUUUACAUUUUUUUUGACUGCCCUAGACAGUCCUCUCAUGCUUACCAAGCAAUGGACUUGAUGAAAAAGGCUCUACAUUUUCCAGCCAGUAUUUGAGACCGGAUUCCCAGGCAUCACCCAGCUCCCCUGUCCCUCUUGCACAGCUGCUCAAGGCGAGAGCCCUAAGUUGUCCAGUUGUUAGAUAGAGCUGCACUAAGAGCACUGGGUGAGUAACGGAGAAGUCUUCUGUUUUCUGUUCAUUUUGCUGUUUAAUAUUUCCUUUGAAUGAGAGAGAUUUAUAUCUACCUCUCGUUCAGUUUUGCUGAAUAAUUGCAUCAGUUUACAGGGACAAAACAGCCCUAGACAGAGGGGGAGUCGGCAGGUCACGAUGUGCAAAGAGAAAUCCUUUAACAGCAACAAUUUAGUCUUUUGUGGGAUGGUGCCUUAUCUUCAAAGGCAGACGAAAGGGUUUGUUCAGCUUCUGGCUUUCAGAGGCUUGGGGCAUCACCUUGCGUUUAGGCUGCAAGGUGUAAUUUAGCUGCUUGGCAGCAAGGUGGCCGGGGCAUGCUGUUGCCACAGGAUCCUGCCCCGGUGGGCCUGGAAGAAGGACACCCCGCAGCUGCCCGGCGCAUGGCUCUCCCAAGGCAGGAGGGAUGGUGCAGAGGACUGAAAGGUGGCAGCAUCAGGUCUAUCUCUACUUGAAAUGUUACAUUCAUGAUUUGAUCAGCACAGACUCGAACUCAGUUAGGUGUUAUUCAAGUUCAGUUUCCAUGGCCAUGGGUAUAUUAGAAAGCCAUAUAUAUAUAUGAUAUGUACAUGUAUAAAUAGCUAUUUAUAAACCCCCCCACACAUGAGAAUUUUACACACACAUUUUCAUUACUGCACCUAUAUAGCUUGUUGGAAUAACAAUCUAAGCAUAAACAUGACCUUAAUGCACAACUAAUAUUAAGCUGUUUUAAAAAAAUGGCAACUUAAAGCUAUAUAAAAGAGUAAAUUAAGUGACCUUUCAACAGACAUUGUUCUAAGUCAGUCUUUAUCUUGCUGGCACAAUAAGCUGAAAUGGGAGGGAAGGGGGGGGAAAAUGUAGAAAAGGUUAUGGAUCUUGUAUAACCAGCCUAGAGACAACAGCAUUGCAUGGAGAUCCAUGAAACACAGCAGAAAGCAUCAGAACUAUGCUUGCUGCCAUUUUCCUUUUAACUGCACUAGAGAGACACUGAAGGAUGAUCAGUAAUACUUAGGUCAGACGUGGCUUUUAAGUAUUUUGGUCUCUGAGAAGGGAGGAGCUAAAAAUUUCAAGAACGUGAAAACACUUCAGAAGACUAUUCAAGCAGAAAUAAACCUAUAUGUAGGUUUUAUAACCUGCAAAUAAGAAGCAUUACAUAGCUGACUGUUUCUAAGUAACCGACAGUACUGCAUUGAGGAAAUGUCACAUAAACAUUAGUUAGACAAAGACAAAGUUAUCACAAUUUUGGUAUCAAAUUGGCAUUUCCCAAGUAGAGAGUUAACCAUAAAAUGUUAUUAUCCAUUUCCUUUAUAUUUGCCUUUUUAUUAGAAUUCAAGUGUGGAAUCACAUUCUUAAAACAGAGCAAGUUCCCAUUAAAGAGGAUUCGUGUGUCUCUGAUAUACAAUGAUAGGUUAAGUUUGUAGUAAUCUCUUGAAUUCAAGAUGAGUUCCAAAUUUAUUUUGGGUUUUGUAAGGCAGUUUACUUGACUGACUACUGAUACAGUGUCAUGAAAUAAGCUAGAGGUGUUACAAUAGCAAGAGAUUCAGUCCAAGAGUGGGCCUAAAUUAUGCCAGAAUGGUAGAGAAGAGGGAAGAAGCAGGCUGCUCAGGGAUUCAUGGCUCUCUAAUAAUUUUUGGACAGGUUGUGUAUAUAUUACUUUGGAGAUUCAAGUUCAGUUUUCUAGGAGCAGAUCCACUCCUCAGCAAAAUCAUUGCCAGACCUGUCAACUGUUUGCACCUUCUAAACAAAAAGGCCAAAGACUAAAUAGGGGCCAUUGGGGACUGAGCUUAAGCUCAACUUGGGGCACAUACUCAGCAGAAGGGCAUUUUGUCUGCAGUUUGUGCAAGCUAGUUGUACAGUUAAAGAGUGGUCUUAGCUCUCAACAUUUCAUAAUCAAGAUAUUCACUCUCACUCGAUAAAACAGAACCACCGUGGUGUAUUUUAGAUACCUUCUUGUCUUUGCAGCCUUAGGGGAAAAAUUUUCCUUAGCAUUACCAAACGUUGUCACUGCUCAAAUCAAUUUAUUACUAUCACCUCAUCAACUUUUCUUUCAUUCCUCGUUCAGCAUCUUCAGCCCGUCCCUUAAUUCUCUUCUGGAGGCUCCUGCUAGGCUUCUUUUGUCUGAUUGCUUUUUGAGAAGGAAAAUGUAAUCUUCAUGUUGACUGAAUGCCAAGUAAUGCAGUGAUUAAAAAGUAGCUUAAAACAUAA